AUGGAGAGGUUUUACAACCUGCCACCAUUCAAAUGUGCUACCCUAUCGGCGAGGUUGGAAUUGCAAGAUGUUUUUUACAGCAUCCCGGGGGCGGAUGUAGAAGAAGAUGUGGGUGAAGAUGAGGAUGAAGUAGUUGAUCCAUACAAGGUUGCACUUGAGAAGUUGGACGCAUAUUUUGCUCCCAAGCGCCAUGAAUCUUAUGAAAGAUUUGAUUUUUGGGCAUUGAAGCCUGAGGUUGAUGAGCCAUUUGAAAAAUUCGUCCUGCGUGUCCAGCAACAUGCCUCGAAAUGCCAAUUUGGGAGAACGGAGCAAGAAGCGAGAGACACAGCAAUUAUGGACAAGGUGAUUCAAUUAGCUUCUAUAGAGCUGCGAGAAAAAUUGCUGGAGAAGAAAAAUCCGACAGUGGGUAACAUGAUCAAUCAAGUGAAUAUUUUUCAAAUGAUCAAAGCUCAGGCAAAGGAGAUGGGUCAACCAGCCACAAAGAUUGAGUUGAAUACUGAGGUGAAUCAGAUACAAGCCAAACCUGAUAAUCCAAAACCCAUGACUAAUGUGGAAUGUUUCCGAUGUGGUAGAAAAGGACAUUAUGCUCGGGAUCCCAAAUGUCCGGCGAAGGAUAAAACCUGCCUCAAGUGUAAGAUGCGUGGUCAUUUUGCCGUAAAAUGCCAACAACAGCAGCGUGGGGUGAAACGAUCCAAUGAUUCACAGGUGACUACCACCCCUCCCGAAAAGAAAAGCAAGGUAAAUGCUGUUGCGACGGACAGUGAGGCAAAACCACUGGAGAGUUUUAUCUACAAUAUCGGAGAUGGUGAUGAGCGCAUUUGGUGUCGAGUUGGAGGAGUUCUCGUUGAGAUGUUGAUUGACUCAGGGUCUUCACAAAAUAUUAUUGAUGAAGCAACGUGGACGUAUAUGAAGAACAAUGAUGCGGUUAUUCAGGAGGUUGAAGGGGAAGCUCGAUCUAUUUUGAGAGCAUAUGCGCAGAAUGAUCCACUGCAGAUUUUGAAGGUUUUUAAGGCUGAGAUAGCUAUUGCUGAAGGGAAUGAUAAGUUGUUGAAAACCGCAACGUUCUAUGUGAUCAAAGGGGGUUCACUUUGUUUGCUUGGGAGAUACACAGCCAAGUUGUUGGGGGUGUUGAUUUUGGGAUUACCCAGCACUCAGGAUCAUUUCAUCGGACAAAUGGAAGAGAAGAGAAUCACCCCUUUUCCUAAGAUGAAAGGGAUUAAACUUGUGAUUCCAAUUGAUGAUUCAGUUCAACCAGUCACUCAACAUGCUCGUCGCCCUCCAAUCGCGCUUUUGAAGAAAGUUGAGGAAAAAUUGGAGGAAUUGGAAAGAUCUGAUAUCAUAGAACCGGUGAAUGAACACAGCGCUUGGGUUUCACCAAUUGUGGUGAUCUCAAAGGACAAUGGAGAUAUCCGCCUCUGUGUGGACAUGCGACAAGCAAACAAAGCGAUUAAGCGUGAAAAUCACUUGAUGCCCGUGUUGGAAGACUUCUUGCCACGAUUGGAGUCAGCGAAAAUUUUUUCACGCCUGGACAUCAAAAACGCCUUUCAUCAAAUUGAAUUGGACGAAAGCUCUCGCCAUAUAACGACUUUUAUAACCCACAAAGCUGAUGCAUCUCCAGUGGGGUUGGGAGCAGUUCUGUUGCAAUUCGAGGAUGACACUGAUGAUAAACCACUAAUCAUUGCUUAUGCGAGUAAAUGUCUCUCCAAAACUGAACGCAAGUACUGCCAAACGGAGAAGGAGACUCUAGCUCUCGUUUGGUCAGUGGAAAAAUUCUACACAUACCUCAUUGGAAGAAAAUUUGAGCUUGUCACUGAUCAUAAGCCACUGGAAUUGAUUUUCAAGCCCACCUCUAAGACAUGUGCAAGGAUUGAGAGAUGGUUGCUCAGGCUUCAGUCGUUCCAUUUCAAGGUGAUCUACAAAAAGGGUUCUACCAAUAUUGCAGAUCCACUCUCACGACUUUCAGUAAUGAAUGGAAGUACGGAAUUCGAGGCUGAAACAGUUUGUAUGGUUUUACCUAUACUAGAGUCUGCAGCAGUUGAUGUCGCUGAGAUGGUUGAAGCAUCCAAAAAUGAUCCCGAAAUUCAAGCUGUUAAGGAAGCUUUGGAGACCGAAAAGUGGACGAGUGAUAUGGUGAAGCCAUAUCAAGCUUUCAGACAAGAGUUUGGAAUGAUAGGGGAGAUAUUGGUGAGGGGAACUAAAUUUGUAGUUCCUAAAUGUUUGAGGACAAGGAUGAUGGAGCUGGCACAUGAAGGACACCCUGGAGAAACAUCAAUGAAGAAACGCCUCCGAGAAAGAGUGUGGUGGCCCUCCAUGGAUGCAGAAAUCAUCAAGAUUGUCAAGAAGUGUGAAGGAUGUCGUUUGAUUGAAGUGCCAAGCCACCCAGAACCAAUGCAGAGGAAGAGGUUGCCAGAAGGACCGUGGAUAGAUUUGGCAAUAGAUUUUCUGGGGCCUCUACCGUCGGGGGAACAUAUUCUCGUUGUAGUAGAUUACUACAGCAGGUACAAGGAAAUCGAGAUUAUGCCCCGAAUCACCGCCAAAGAUACAGUAGCUCGGCUUGACAAAAUAUUCACCAGGCUCGGCUAUCCCCGCACAAUCACGUUGGAUAACGCUAAACAGUUUGUAAGCGCUGAAUUUCACGAAUAUUGCAAGAUCAAGGGAAUUGUCCUCAAUCACACCAUUCCCUAUUGGCCUCAGCAAAAUGGUGAGGUGGAGAGGCAGAAUAGGUCCUUGUUGAAAAGGAUAAGGAUCAGCCAUAGUCUCGACCGAAACUGGAAGAGGGAUUUACAUGACUAUCUGGUUAUGUACUACACGACUCCGCACAGUACUACGGGAAAGACCCCAACCGAGCUUCUUUACGGUAAAACUAUAAGGAGCAAAAUUCCCUCUUUGGGAGAUAUUGCAACAGCUCCUCCUGUUUCAGACUACAGGGAUCGUGAUCAAUUGUUGAAAGAGAAGGGGAAAGCGUGUGAGGAUGAGAAGAGACGAGCAAUGGUGUCAGACAUAGUAGUUGGGGACAAGGUAUUAAUGAAGAAUUUGCUCCCUGGGAAUAAGCUACAAACCCCGUUUGGUCCAACAGAAUACAUUGUUAAACGGAGGACAGGAGCAUCAGUGGUGAUUGAGGAUUCGGACGGAGUACAAUAUGAGAGAAAUGUAUCUCAUCUCAAGAAAGUGCAGAAAGAUGCAGAUGAUGCAGAUGUUACUCCUGGGAAAGUUCAUAAUCCUCAACCGGGACCAUCUCGACCUCGUAAGAGGAAAACUGAGUUCCAGGGUGGAGUAGUCACCAGGGCAAGGAAGCGUCGUGAAGAAAAGGAGAGGUGUGGGAGCGAGAGCGAAGGGUAA